AUGUAUGCAAAUGAGUUAGUGCGCUCUGCAAUUCCCCUCCGGUGGACGCGGAAUCGUGUCCCGGAUUGUCGCACGGACCUCCCGGACAUUGGAACGGGGUAUGGAGUUCGAACCCUGGGGCACACCCGAGGACAGCAGGUGGCGCCGCGAGGACAGCAGGGGUGCGGAGACGAGACAAGGGGCAGCGCUAGUCGGAACAGUUUGGGAGGACGACUCCCUGGUCCUAUUUCUACUUCAAGCCCACCAUCGAAGAAACUCCUUGCGACAGAUAUGGACAGCAACAUCGGGCAGAGGCGCCCGGGACGUAAAUUUUAGAGGCAGCGAGUUAGAGCACAUAAAACUAAAUUGGGAGGCUUCUGCACAGCCCAAGUCAAGCUGCGGGGGAGGGGCGGAAAACAAGGCAGACCCACUCUCCCCCUCGGGGCGAGCCAGGAGGUGCGGACAGCGCUAAGGAGGAGAGUGGGGCCGAGGGGGAAACACGGGGCAACGAGGAGGAGAGUGGGAAGAGGUGAAGCUGUUUUUAAAACGGUGGGUGAGGAAUACGCGGGCCCAGUCGCGGGGAACGCAGCUUUUAAGUGUGCUCGUUUCAAUUUCUUUGCCAGCAGUCAGUAGGGACCGAAAAGAAACCUUGGUGAUUCAUGCUUGCGCGAAGAUUCAACCUGAUAAGUUGACCCUCACUCAGAAAAAUAAUUCUUUGUAGCGAAAAGAGUUUCGUGAGCUGCGUAAAGGCAGUUGCAGAAAAACGGUUCAAAUAAGUACUGCGUGGUCAAUGUGGACGUUUGUUACGUAACUGCCAACACAAUUCACUUAAUCAGGAAUCAGCUCAUGCUAAUAUUCUGCUUUUUCAUCAAAAACCUUUAAUGAAACUAUCCUAUUUUGAGGGUUUUAGAUUCUUUUUUAGUUCAAACUCUACAUUUAUGCAGAAUAUUUAAUGAAAAUUGAGUAUUUAUGACUAGGUUAUAGAUAGAUGUUGUCAGUUGCAAAAUAAUUUUUAUGCUCUCAUUAUGUCAUAGAAAUUUUGAAGGGACAAUAAAACAUUAAUUUACAUAACUGAUACAAAAUAAUGACAUUACUCACGAGUCAUAUUCUUAAUAGGAUAUGAGCAAUUCCAAAUUCAUAUUGCCUUUAUUCGAUAUAUAAACAGCUCAUGUCGAUAUCGUUUUUUAAAAGGAGGAUUUACAGUAGUUCUCUUCGUAAUACCGAGACGAAGUAUAUGUUCUAAAUUGGGAUUCGAGCCUAGAACCAUCCAAAUGUUGGUCGCCACAAUACUUCUCAGCCACUUUUGUCGGCGUAAUAAAAUUAAAGCUCUGUAAGUUAAAACAAAUAGAAACAAAAUACAAAUAAUUAGGAUCAGUGCCUGAAAACAAUAUCCAAAGCUCCAUGAGUUGUCACUUCCCAUCAGAUCCACGAAGAAUUAAACUUACAAUAUAUUGAGGGAAUGCAAAAUACGAGGGUUUUGUACCGGAUUUUUGUAUUUAUGUAAUGUAAAACAAAAACAUUAAUGCCAUAUAACAGGUGAAAUAUGAGGAAUUACUUAAAUGAAUUAAAAUCAGUCAUCGAGGAUACUGGGCAUCAGAUAAUGAACAUACUAUAUUGAUUAAAUAAAUUUUGGACAAGUUAGAAUUGUUUUUCAAAAACAAAGCAUAUUAAAACCGUGGGACAUUGUUGAUAUAAGACAAGAGAGGCCUAGAUGCAUAGUUGCGGGGGCGACAAGAGCGGAUCGAUUCGAAGAAUAACAAUCAAACAAGUGAACUUUUUAACACAGAUAGUAGGUGAAAAUAAACACUUUGGGGGAAGAUUUGGAUUUGGUAGCAUAAGGAUCUAUGGCCGGGCAUUAUGUAAAAACAUUUUUUAGUUUGAGAGAAAAAAUGGACAUGUGGUCCACGAUUAUCAGAGAAUAGGGGAAUUAUCGAGCAAAACUAAUUAGCGAGAAAAGAAUAAUAUUCGUGAAAAAUUUAGAUUGCGAAUUUUAGUAAAACGUAUAAAGUGAAUUCAGAGUGGUAAUAUGUAGGGAUACAGUAUGGAAAUAUGAAAAUAGACGCUGAUCUAGUCACAUCGUCAUGAUUGCCGAAAUAUCUUCGCAAAGCAAAAAUUAGACAAUAAUUGCAAAAAAAGACGGUAAACAAAAUAGCACGGCUAAUACAUGUUUAAUUAUAAGGUAUGAAAUUAAGUUAGAAAAAUAAUUAUCAUUUUUCCAAAUAGAUAUAUGAUGGCCAUCAAAAAUAUGUAACAUUAAGGAAAAUACAAGGAGAUAUUGUCAAAUAUUAAAAACCAAAAUAAUAUUAAAAUAGAGAUAAAUUCUGCAGUCGACACUUCAUGUCGCUGAUAAUUUCAUAACAAAUUACAAGGUGUUUGAUUUUGAUUAGGAUUAGUUAAAGG